GCUGUUGCGGUUCCGGCGAGCGGCUGCGCGGCGCCGCGGCAGCGGAGCGGAACCAUGGCGGUCCCCAGCGCCCUCAUGAAGCAGCCGCCGAUCCAGUCCACGGCGGGCGCCGUGCCCGUCCGCAACGAGAAAGGCGAGCUGUCCAUGGAGAAGGUGAAGGUGAAGCGGUAUGUGUCGGGGAAGCGGCCCGACUACGCGCCCAUGGAGUCCUCGGAGGAGGAGGACGAGGAGUUCCAGUUCAUCAAGAAGGCGAAGGAGCAGGAGGUGGAGCCCGAGGAGCAGGAGGAGGAGCUCGCCAACGACCCCCGCCUGCGCCGCCUCCAGAACCGCAUCGCCGAAGAUGUGGAGGAGCGGCUGGCAAGACACCGUAAAAUCGUGGAGCCUGAAGUGGUUGGAGAAAGUGACUCAGAGGUGGAGGGGGAAGCCUGGCGCCUGGAGCGGGAGGACACCAGCGAGGAGGAAGAGGAGGAGAUCGAUGAUGAGGAGAUCGAGCGCCGGCGCGGGAUGAUGCGUCAGCGAGCACAGGAGAGGAAAACUGAGGAGAUGGAAGUGAUGGAGUUGGAAGAUGAAGGUCGAUCUGGAGAAGAGUCCGAGUCAGAGUCUGAGUACGAGGAGUACACGGACAGCGAGGACGAAAUGGAGCCGCGUCUCAAACCCGUCUUCAUCCGCAAGAAGGACAGGAUCACGGUCCAGGAGCGAGAAGCAGAAGCCCUGAAGCAGAAGGAGCUGGAGCAGGAGGCAAAGAGGCUGGCAGAGGAGAGGCGCAAGUACACGCUCAAGAUUGUAGAGGAGGAAGCGAAGAAGGAGCUGGAGGAGAACAAGCGCUCACUGGCAGCACUGGAUGCACUUGAUACAGAUGACGAGAACGACGAGGAGGAGUAUGAGGCCUGGAAAGUACGUGAGCUGAAGCGCAUCAAACGGGACCGAGAAGAACGAGAAGCCAUGGAGAAGGAGAAGGCAGAGAUCGAGCGCAUGCGGAACCUGACGGAGGAGGAGCGCCGGGCCGAGCUGCGGGCCAACGGCAAGGUCAUCACCAACAAGGCGGUGAAGGGCAAGUACAAGUUCCUGCAGAAGUACUACCACCGCGGCGCCUUCUUCAUGGAUGAGGACGAGGAGGUGUACAAGAGGGACUUCAGCGCCCCGACCCUCGAGGACCACUUCAACAAGACAAUCCUGCCCAAAGUCAUGCAGGUCAAGAACUUCGGGCGCUCAGGGCGGACAAAGUACACACACUUGGUGGACCAGGACACCACGUCCUUCGACUCUGCCUGGGGCCAGGAGAGCGCGCAGAACACCAAGUUUUUCAAGCAGAAAGCAGCGGGUGUUCGGGAUGUCUUCGAGAGACCCUCGGCCAAGAAGCGAAAAACUACUUAAUGCAGCGGGAGCACAGGCAGGGACGGGAGGGACACGGCACUGUGCCGGGACUUGUGUGGUGACAAACCCUUCCUCUGCCGCAGCGCCCCGCUCCCCGUGCUGCUGCGACCUGGCGGGCUUCCUGCCCCGGUGCUGUGCAGGACAAUGGCCUGUCCGUGCUGGCCAGGCCCACGGCCCCACCACCAUCCCACUGGAAACCUCCCCAGGAGCCUCAGCAGCACCCAAAAGGGCUGUGCGGGAGCACGGCAGCUCCAGUGCACCUGCUUCUGGAGGGAUGAACGGACUUUUAUACCCGCCUGGUCCCUGUGGCUUGUACUUUCCCUGUUGUCAGUUCAAGCCCUGUUUUGGUGACCCCUUUUCCUCUCCCUGGUUGUGCAGGGCCUGGCUUUUCUACCCAUGCAGGGGGCUGGGGUUGAUUAAAGUCAUCAUUUUCUUAC